AAUUAGUCCCCUCGAGUUUUCAACCCAAGUGCAACACAAUUUCCUUCACUACUAGACAUUUGGGACACAACCGAAAGAUCUUCAACUAUCCAUGGCCUUAAGAGGGAUUGAUAUGGGUCUAGCCUUGAUCCUAGUGAGCAUGCUUUGGGCAAGAGCCGCUGCUCAAUCAGGUUGCACCAAUGUGCUUAUUGGCAUGGCUCCAUGCCUUAACUAUGUCAGUGGGAGCUCCUCAACCCCAUCUACUUCAUGUUGCUCACAACUCGCUAGUGUUGUACAAUCACAGCCACAAUGCCUUUGCACAGUACUUAAUGGUGGUGGUGCAUCACUGGGUGUUACAAUCAAUCAAACACUUGCCCUUGGGCUCCCAGCCGCUUGUAAUGUGCAAACUCCACCUGUCAGCAAGUGCAAUGCUGCUAAUGGACCCACAACAUCACCAGUUGGUUCACCAGAAGGCUCACCUAGUGACUCUUCAACUAGCUCAUCAACAUCAGGAGCUGGAUCUAAAACAGUUCCGACGACUGGUGAAAAUUCUUCUAAUGGCGCUAUCAUAGAGAUGCCCCUUCAGCUCAUCUUCCUGUUCAUCUUCUUGGCUGCAUAUGGUUCAACUUGUAGCAGCUUCUGAGUUUUCUUUGGGAUUUCUUGGUGCUUGAACAGUCGAACUACAAUUUGGGGUCUUACAUGUGUGUUUUACCUGCUUUUACGUAAUCUCUUUUGUAAAACUUGUACCACACAUUUUCACGCACACUUUGCUAACUGUCCUAUAUGACAGAUUGUGAGUGUGUGUGAAAGUGUGUAGUACUAGCAUUAUUGUUGUAUCAAAUAUACGUCCCAGUGUUUCUUCUCCAACACUUGGUUCGGCUUUAGGUUAAUGACUGCGUAAUCCUGUUUAAUACAAUAUGUUUUCCAAAGUCUCUACUUUUUAAUAUAUUUGUGAGUGGUAUAACUUUCCAGUUUC